AUCUUAGCUCAACAUCAAUCAUUUCAUCUACCUUGCGCAUUUCACGACCGCCGGUGGUGAUUUUUCCGACGGCAAGCUACAAUGGGAGUUGAUUACUAUAACUUACUGAAAGUUUCUAGGAAUGCGAGUGAAGAAGAUUUAAAGAGAUCGUACAAGAGAUUAGCGAUGAAAUGGCAUCCGGAUAAGAAUAGUCAGAACAAUAAGGAAGCAGAAGCGAAAUUCAAGCAGAUUUCUGAGGCGUAUGAUGUGCUUAGUGAUCCUCAGAAGCGUCAGAUCUAUGAUUUGUACGGUGAGGAUGCGUUGAAGUCUGGUCAAUUUGCUUCGGCGUCGCCGACUAGUGCUGGUAGUGGGACUGGUAAUGGUAGAGGGUUUAGAUUCAAUACGCGUGAUGCGGAGGAUAUUUUUGCUGAGAUUUUUGGUGGAUCGGAGGGGUUUAGUAGUGGUUCUGGUGCCGGAGUUGGUCGGAAAGCGGCGCCGGUGGAGAAUAAACUUCCGUGUAGCUUGGAGGAGCUUUACAAAGGAUCUAGAAGGAAAAUGAAGAUUUCAAGGAUUCUUCUUGAUGAUUCUGGUAAGCCAACAACUGUUGAAGAGGUCUUAGCAAUACACAUCAAACCAGGUUGGAAGAAAGGCACAAAAAUAACUUUUCCAGAGAAAGGGGACUAUGAAUAUGGAGCUGCCCCUGGUGAUCUCAUUUUUGUGAUAGAUGAAAAGCCACAUGCUCUCUUCAAGAGGGAUGGAAAUGAUCUAGUCAUGAAUCAGAAAAUAUCUUUACUAGAUGCUCUCACUGGAAAAACUAUCAGCUUGACUACUUUGGACGGAAGGGAACUCACAAUACCAAUCAAAGAGAUUGUCAAACCAGGACAGGAGCUGAUAAUCCAAAAUGAGGGAAUGCCAAUAUCAAAGGAACGUGGCAAAAAAGGGAAUCUGAAGAUCAAGUUUGACAUAAAAUUUCCAUCAAGGCUAAAUGCAGAUCAGAAAUCUGAUCUCAGAAGGGUGCUAUGCAGGAGCAUUGACUAGUCCUAUGUUCAACUUAAGGUGUCACUAACACUAUCUUGGAGUUGCUGCGGAAUGUAAAUAUUUAGCCUCCUUUCUGUAGAAAUGAAAUUGUGCAUAUUAGGAUAUAAUCUUAAGGAUGC